GUUGCAUUGAAUAAUGUCUGACUGGAAACAGGAAGUGAAGUUGUGAUCUAAACAUGCCGGCGAUUCCGUUGCUCGUUAAUGUGGCCGGUUCGGUACUCGGGGGCCUAGCCACAGCCAAACUUAUUCCAGCUUUCCGGGAACACUUCAUAGCGGCCAGGCUUUGUGGAAGGGAUCUGAACAAGAGUGGCGGGGAGGCAGUCCCAGAAUCCCAGGGAGUCAUCAGUGGUGCUGUUUUUCUCCUAAUCCUGUUUCUCUUCAUCCCGGUGCCUUUCCUCAGUUGUUUUGUUGAAGAGCAUUGCAAAGAAUUUCCUCACCAUGAGUUUGUGGCUCUCAUUGGCUCCCUCUUGGCCAUCUGCUGCAUGAUCUUCUUAGGAUUUGCUGAUGAUGUCUUGAACCUUCGAUGGCGCCACAAAUUGCUGCUUCCUACUGCAGCCUCGCUCCCCCUCCUUAUGGUCUAUUUUACCACAUUUGGCAACACCACUAUUGUGGUCCCUAAGCCCCUACGGCCACUUCUGGGGCUUCAUGUGGACUUAGGCCUCCUGUACUAUGUAUAUAUGGGAAUGCUGGCCGUCUUCUGCACCAAUGCUAUCAAUAUCCUAGCGGGGAUUAAUGGACUAGAGGCUGGUCAGUCUCUGGUCAUUGCUGGCUCAAUCAUCUUGUUUAACAUUGCAGAGCUGAAUGGUGAUUGGCGGGAUGAUCAUCUUUUCUCUCUUUACUUCAUAAUUCCAUUCUUCUUUACCACUCUGGGGCUUCUGUACCAUAACUGGUACCCUUCACGAGUGUUUGUUGGUGAUACUUUCUGUUACUUUGCUGGUAUGACCUUUGCUGUUGUUGGCAUAGUUGGGCACUUCAGUAAAACAAUGCUGCUCUUCUUUAUUCCUCAAGUACUGAAUUUCUUGUACUCUCUACCACAGCUACUGCACAUCAUCCCCUGCCCUCGCCACAGAGUACCCAGAUUUGAUCCCAGCACUGGUAAACUCAGCAUGAGUUAUUCCAAGUUCAAGGUGAAGGAGCUGUCUGACCUGGGAGCCUUUAUAAUAAAGAUUGCUGAAGUACUGCACAUUGUGGAUGUCCAAAGAUCAAAGGGAGAGGAUGGAGAAUUAAUGGAAAUAAACAACAUGACCCUUAUAAACUUUGUGCUGAAACUGAUAGGACCAACACAUGAGCGGACCCUUACACUGCUGCUACUUAUUAUUCAGGUCCUUGGAAGCUGUGUAGCAUUCCUUGUCCGGUACCAGUUGGUCCGUCUUUUCUAUGAUGUUUGAGUGACCCCAGGAGGGUGGCAUGCUGCCCUCAUUGACUCUGCUGCUAAUGUCAUUAUCACGAGAAGGGAGUAUAACCAUCAGCUGCAGAAAACCUACGCCCAUAAUGAACCAGAGCUGUUUGAUAUGCAGUGCAGAUCUCUGGCAAACAAGGAGUUAAUUUAAGACAUUUCAACAAACAUUUUUACAGUGAUGGGGACUAUCUCAAAUAUCUUACCAUUUGAGAGAGGAAUAAUAGAAGUUGACAAAUUCUUAAAAUAUGCAACAUUUUAGCUCUAAUUUUUUUUUAUAUAUUGUCACAGAUUUUAUAACUGAAAUCCUAUGUCAUCCCAGUUCCAUUUAACAGAAAAAGUAACCCUCCAAACUUUGUUUGGAACAGUUUCUUUUUCUUAAUAUUUUUAUUUUAUAAAACAAAAUUUGUUGUAACUGUUCAGCUGCAGAAUCAGUGUGAGGUUCAUUCAAUCACUAGUGCACUUGUCAGAUGAAUCCUAAUUUAAAGGGACAAUACUAUCUCAUAAUUUAGAUACAUCAUACAAUUUUAAAAAAAAACUGUUACUUUUUAUUCUCAAAUUUGCUUUGUUCUAUUUGUAUCUUGAUUCAGACAGCACAUUCUUGUUUUAAAGACCCUUUUAAAUUAACUAUUUCCAAAUGUACUUGGUUUCCUAUGGAGAGAAUAUGUUCAUAUUAGGACUGCACCAUAUGAUGGGGGAAGAUAUUGCGAUUUUAUUACAAUAUUUUUUUUAAAACCUACAUUUUGCAUUCAAUAAUGCAUUUAACUGUCCAAACAAAACAGUGGCUUGCAGUUUGCACUGCAGGCUGAAUAGGGCAGAGAAAAGAGCACACUUUGCCUGUGCACACCUCAGGACUGAAGCAACAAACCAUGAGGCAAGUACAAUGGCAGAGGUAGUAUUCAGUUGUGUGACACUUCCUGGUCCGCCCCUCUGGAGGAGUGAUACGUGCUGCUGGACUGGAGGGUUUGUGUGACUGACAAGACGUGUUAACCCCUUCAUGCCGUCCUAACCGCUUUAAAGCAUUUAGGCUGCAUUAAAAGGACACAAAACCCAAAUGUUUUCUUUCAUGAUUCAGAUAGAGCAUGCAACUUUCUAAUUUACUCCUAUUAUCACAUUUUCUUCAUUCUUUUGGUAUCUUUAUUUGAAAAGCAAGACUGUACGUUUAGAUCCUGGCCCAACCCCAAUCUGGGUUGUUCUUGCUGAUUGGUGGAUUAAUUUAACUGACUAAUAAACAAGUGCUGUCCAGUGUCUGAACCAAAAAAAGCUUAGAUGCCUUACUUUUCAAUAAAGAUAGCAAGAGAACGAAGAAAAAUUGAUAAUAGGAGUAAAUUAGAAAGCUGUUUAAAAUAGCAUGCUCUAUCUGAAUCACAAAAGAAAAAAUUUGGGUUCAGUGUCCUUUUAAGCCACCAAUCAGCAUGCACAACCCAGGUGCUUUACCAAAAAUUGGCUGGCUCCAAGCUUACAUCCCUGCUUUUCAAAUAAAGAUACUAAGAGAACGAAGAAAAAUUAAUAGGAGUAAAUUAGAAAGUGGCUUAAAGUGGUGGUAAAAAUAAACAGUAGUUUAAUUCAUCACUUAAUUAAAAAGGGUGCUAAAAUCACCCUUUCGCUAAACACAGCGGCUCUGGCUGCCCACGGCACAUUGCUCUCCUUCAACUAAGUGAUGUUUGCUCCUCUAAACCAAUAGCCGUGCGUGUCAGCUGACAGUGUUCUGUAUCCACGGCUAUUGGUUUAGAGGUGCAAACGUCACCUCAUUGGUAGAGCGCUGUGCCCUGGGCUGCCGGAGCUGCUGAUUUUAGCACUUUUUUUUUUUUUGCAAGUUAUGAAUUAAACUAAUGUUUAUUUUUAGUGAUGGUAAAUCCUAGCAUUUGUUAAAGUGAAUGUAAAUUUUGAUACUCAAGUGCCCGGUGUUCAAAAAUUUGAUUAAAAACAGGGGCACUUUAAUUCAUCAAAAUUUACAUUUCACUCCUUUUGUGAAAAAAAAACUAUCUUUUAAUCUUGACAGCCGAUCCAGCUUCCUCCGGUCGUCGCAAAGCCUCUUCCUGGGUCUAAAAUGAGAAAUCUGGCUUCCUCCAAUCACGGCGUUGAAUCAGACACCGAUUCCCAGGGGGGAAGCCGUGAUUGGAGUAUGACCUAUCCAUCAUUUCUGACAUCAGAAAUGACUUGUGACGACCGGAGGAAGCUGGAGCUGCUGUCAAGUUUUAAAAGUAAGGGGUUUUUUUUCCCCCCAACAGGAGUGAAAUGUAAAUUUUGAGGAAUUAAAGUGCCCCUGUUUUUAAUCAAAUUUUUAAAAACCGGGCACUUUAGCAUCAAAAUUUACAUUCAACAUCACUCUUAAAUUACAUGCACUAUCUGAAUCAUGGAGAAAAAAAAAUGUUGUGUGUUUCAUAUCCUCCCUUUACCCCUUCCCGCCCUUUGGACGUUCUAUGCGAUCCUAACUGCACCGGGCUUUAACGCCCUUAGGACAGCAUAGACCAUCCUAGCCUUUUGGCUGUACUUAAAGGGAUACUAAACCAAUUUUUUUCCUUUCAUGAUUCAGAUAGUGUGCAUUUUUAAGCAACUUUCUAAUUUACUCCUAUUACCAAUUUUUCUUUGUUCUCUUGCUAUCUUUACUUGAAAAGCAAGAAUGUAAGCUUAGAAGCCGGCCCAUUUUUGGUUCAGCACCUGUAAUUGUAAUCUACUUCUAUUAGCAGUUAUUACUGUUUUUCUGUGGCAUACUCACAUAUCCUGUGAGAGCUUGUGGUCUGGUAUUCAAAUACCACACCUUCACAGGGAUUUAGCAGUGGCUUGUACGACACACAUUACAUCUUCAGAUGCAAUACUCACCACAGCCAGGUCUCUGAGAUGUGGUGUUUAAAUACUGGUGCACAGGCCCUCGGCAUAUGCCGUUGAAAAACUAACAACUUUUACUAGAAGCAUUUUUGCGGAUGAAAAUAUAUUGCGAUAAUGCUUCUAUUUCAAAUGAAUAUGCACCUUUAAAUUCUGAUCUUUCUAGCCCUUUAAAUCUUUUGUUUUCACCACACACAAAAAGUGUGUUUAAGUAAACUGUUUUUCCUAACAGUUUAACUGGAAUCAGGAAAUUCUCAAUUCACAUGAAGUAUUUCAACAAUGCAUAUGCUACAUUGCAUUACUGGAUGGAUAAUCAAUGCUGAAAUCAUGAUCAUUUGAUAAGUUUUCAAUGCUAAAUCAAAACUAAGUUCACACCACACAUUUCAGAAUUAUUAGAAAAAAAUAAAUAAAAGUAGGUUCUAAUUUAUCUUCAUAUGUGACCUUAUAAACAUUGCACUGUUCUUUUUAUCUAUUACAAAAUAUUUUAAUAAAUUAAGAGAUUUUAUCCAUGAAUUUCCAACACAGAAAACUUUUGUAUAGAAAAACGUUAAAGGGAUAUGAAAAAACACAAUUUUGUUCCUUACAUGAUUCAGAUAGACUAGAGAAUAUCAUUUGAAACAUUCCAAUUUACGAACAUUUAAUUUGCUUCAUUCUUUAGAUAUCCUUUGUUGAUGAAGAAAUAUCAAUGCGCAUGGGUGAGCCAAUCACACUAGGCAUCUUAUGUGCAGUCACCAAUAAGCAGCCUAUUUAGAUAUGCUUUUUAACAAAGGAUAUUAACAUAAUGAAGCAAAUAGAAGUAAUUUGGAAAGUUGUUUAAAAUUGCAUGCUCUUUCUAAAUUGCGAAAGGAAAGUUUGGGUUUCAUGUCCCUUUUAAAUUUACUAUGUAACCCCAGUUAACCUUUUAAAGCCGUUAUGCCGUUCCAUUCCGUCAUAAUUAGACUGGGCUUUAAAGCCGUUAUGACGGAAUGGAACGUCAUAACUAACGGCUGUCCUGAAGCCUUCUGUGCUUCAGGGAUUUAAUCGCGGUCUGGAGGGCGUUCCUAGGAUUGUAGGGACGCCCCCCAGAUGCGAUCCAAUAAUUGAAAUCUCGCGAUCGUAUGCACGAUCGCGUAGUUUCAAUUUGUCUACAUCGGAACAGUUGUUCCGAUGUAGGCACUUUAACCCUGUCACGAAAGGGUUAAAGUAUCUCUUCUGUUUCAUAUCAUUUUCUACCCUUACAAUUUUCAUGUGUAAAGAAAUGUAAAACAAUGUUUUAAUUGAAGUUAACAGAUUUUGCUUGCACAGUGGUGUAAAGAUGUCAAUAUUUAUUGUAAACAGUUUCUAAUAUAAAUAAAUGCAACUUCGGUUUUUAUAUA